CCAUAUCAAAUAAAAUAGUCCCUCAUUACCUUUAGCCAGUCCUUCAUUCACAUAACUAAGCUGCGCACUUCCAAUUUUCACGACCCUUUCUUCUCUUUGAUUUGGCAACUUCCUUUCCAACCAUGCCUGUCCUUGAAACACUUGGUGGUGCUCUUUUCGGUGCUGUUCUUCAGCUGCUGUUUGACAAGCUGGACUCUCAUCAAGUUUUGGGCUACUUCCGCCAGAGAGAUCUCGAUGAAAAGCAGCUGAAGAAGUUGAAGAGGAAGCUGAUGGACAUCAAUGCUGUGAUAGAUGAUGCAGAACAGAAGCAGUUCACUAAUUCAUUGGUCAAAGAAUGGCUUGAUGAGGUUAGAGACAUCUUGUAUGAUGCAGAGGAUCUGUUGGAGCAAAUACACUAUGAGUACUCCAAGACUAAGUUGGAAGCUGAAUUCCAUACCAGUUCAAGCAAGGUACACAUUUUUGAAUCUAAGAUCAUAGCACUUCUAGAUGAUCUAGAAUCUCUUUUGAACCAAAGGAUUGUUAGAGAUUUCAAAAUUUAUAGUGGCGAUAGAUCUGGGUUGGGUAGUAAGGUGUCCGAGAAAAAAGUUGAAUCAACGUCAUUGGUGGUUGAAGAGGAUAUUUAUGGCAGAGAUGAGGACAAAGAAAUGAUCUUUAAUUGGCUUAUGUCUGACACUAAUGACAAUAAGCUGUCAAUACUUUCUAUUGUGGGUAUGGGCGGGAUGGGUAAAACCACACUUGCUCAACAUGUAUACAAUGACAUGAAUACGAAGGAAGUUAAAUUUGAUGAAAAGGCUUGGGUUUGCGUUUCUGAUGAAUUUGAUGUUUUCAAGUUAACCAGAGCAAUUUUCGAGGCAAUCCAUAAGUCAACUGAUGAUAGUAGAAACCUAGAUACGGUUCAGGGACGAUUGAAAGAAAAGUUGACAGGAAGGAAGUUUCUCCUAGUUCUGGAUGAUGUCUGGAACGAAGACCGGGACCAAUGGAAGUCAUUGCAAACUCCUCUUAAAUAUGGGGCUAAGGGAAGUAAAAUUCUUAUCACAACACGUAGUAACAAAGUUGCCUCUGCUGUGGGGUCAAACAAUACGCACGAACUAAAGCAACUACGAGAAGAUCACAGUUGGCAAGUUUUUGCUAAACAUGCAUUCCAAGAUGAAAAUUGUGAGUUGAAUUCUGAGUUGAAGGAGAUUGGCAUGCAGAUAGUUGAAAAGUGCAAAGGAUUGCCUCUAGCCCUUGAAACGCUAGGAUGUCUAUUACGCACAAAGUCAUCUGUUUCGGAUUGGGAAGGUGUAUUGAGAAGCAACAUAUGGGACUUGCCGAUAGAAAAUAGUAAAAUCAUGCCCGCUUUGUUGUUGAGCUACUACCACCUCCCUUCUCAUCUCAAGAGAUGUUUCGCUUAUUGUGCCUUAUACCCCAAAGACCAUCACUUUGACAAGGAGAAGUUAAUUUUCUCAUGGAUGUCUCAAAAUUUUCUACAUUGCUCUCAAGAAAGUAAGUCUCUAGAAGAUGUGGGUGAACAUUACUUCAAUGAUCUAUUAUCAAGGUCAUUCUUUCAACAAAUAAUUACCGACAUCGAAACAUAUUUUGUCAUGCACGACCUUCUCAAUGAUUUAGCAAAAUAUGUUUCCGGUGAAAUCUGCUAUAGUUUAGAUGACAGAGAAAAAAGAAUAUCAAGGAAAACCCGUCACUUUUUAAUGGCAUUCGAUCAUGUUCAAUAUCGUGAGAGUUUAUAUGAUGCAAAAGGGCUACGAACAUUUAUAUGCAUUUCGCACUACUGUAUGAUUUCAAUACAAGAGUUGAUCUCCAACUUUAAGUUCUUACGGGUCUUAUCUUUGUAUAGAUGUUCUGAGGUGCCUGACACUAUAGGCAAUCUGAUACAUCUUCGUUCGUUAGACCUUUCAUAUACCUACAUAGAGAGACUUCCCGACUCAACAUCUUCACUUUGUAACUUGCAAGUAUUGAAGCUAAAUGGUUGUUUCUAUUUGAAGGAGCUGCCCUCGACUUUGUAUGAACUUACCAAUUUGCGUCGCCUUGAGCUUAUGGGAACUACUUUAAUAAAGGUUCCACCGCUUUUAGGAAAUUUGAAGAAUCUUCAGGUAUGGAUGGAUACGUUUGAGGUUGGCAAAAGUUGUGAGUUCAGUGUUCACCAACUACAAGAAGUUGAUCUUCAUGGAGAGCUGUCAGUUAGAAAUCUUGAGAAUAUGGUGAACUGUUGUGCAUUGGGAGCUGAUUUCAAGAAUAAAACACAUCUUGCAGAGCUAGCAUUAGAAUGGGAUUUGGAGCGGGACAUUGAAGAUUCAACAAAAGAAAGACAAGUACUUGAGGAUCUGCAACCUUCCAGACAUUUGGAGGAGUUGUCUAUCAAUGGCUAUGGUGGCACACAAUUUCCACGUUGGUUAUCUGAUAAUUCUCUAUUGAAUAUGGUGUCCCUAACCUUGAAGCACUGUAAACAUUGUCUAUGGUUGCCUUCCCUUGGACUUUUGACAUUUCUGAAACACUUGACAAUUGAGGACCUUGAUGGGAUAGAGAGCAUAGGUGUUGAUUUUUACGGGAAUAGCUCUUGUGCAUUUGCAUCCUUGGAAAUGUUGAGCUUUUGAUAGUAAUUCAAGGUUGUGAAAGGGAUAGUUGAAGGGAUAGAGAAAAUGUAUA